CAUCCCCUCUCCCUCCAACCAUUGAGCUCGACCAAACCAUCCAAGGGAGAGAGAAGGAGCUUCAAAAUCACCUCCAUUGCUGCAAAUUUGAGCUCAAGCUUUAGUGCUCAAAGGAAGAAGAUUAAAGAGGGAAAAAGUUGGGAAAAGUGUGAACAAUUAAGGCACUUGUAAAGGGUAUUUCAAGUGAUUUCACAAAGUUGGAAAAAGUCGUCGGAGUUGUCGCCGGAGUUGACCAAGUCGCCGGAGUUUCACCGGAGUUCAACCAAGAAGGGUAGAACUUCUUAACGCUAGUUCAAGGUUGAAGCUAGGGCUUGCUACUUGCACCUUCUCACGGGUGAUAUCAAAUCAGGAAGACGUGGGAUUAAUGCCUGCUUUGUAUGAGACAUUUCCAGAUGUUGAGCAUAGAAGAUGUGCGAGACACAUAUAUGCAAUAUGGAGAAGAGGCCACCCUGGAAUUGAAUUACAAAGAGCAUUUUGGAAGUGCUGCAAGUCUGCUUCCAAGAGGGAGUUUGAAGCAAACCUAGAAUGCUUGAAGUCUCUUUCUGCUUCUGCACAUGAAGACAUUCUCAAGGUAGAUCCUAAGUUCUGGUGCAGAGCUUUCUUUAAUAGAAGCAUUAAGUGUGAGACUGUUGAUAAUAAUUUAUGUGAAGCCUUUAAUGGAGUUAUAGUUCCAGCUAGAUCUCUAUUAGGUUAUUCCCAGUUGGAGUAUAUGAGGAAAUUGGUCAUGCAAAGACUGAACAAGAAUAGAGAAUUAGGACAUAAGUGGAUUGGGCAGUUAGGGCCUAGAAUUAGAAGGAGGAUCAAUAAAACAAUACAAGCAAGCAACUAUUGGAGGGUGCAAUUUAAUGGAGCAGAUGGCUAUGAAGUGUCAUGUGGGUCUGAGACUUAUCUUGUGGACUUGGACAAUAGGAGUUGUCUAUGUGAGCAGUGGGAUGUUUCUGGGAUCCCCUGUAAACAUGCAAUUUGUGCCAUUAGGGAUAGAGUUCAUCCAAUUGAGGACUAUGUCUCUCUAUGGUACAAGAAGGAAAUGUAUACUCACACUUAUUCUGAGAUGAUGACACCCAUAGCUGGCCCUUUAUUCUGGCCAAAGACUGACUUGAAAGUGUUACCUGCUGAGUUGAAAACAAAAGAGAUGGGAAGGCCUAGGAAAAAUAGAAUAAAAGAAAUUGGGGAGUUUGCUUCUAGUGGGAAGUUGCCAAAGAGAGGCACAGCCAUGACCUGUCAGCUAUGCUUCAAAAAAGGGCACAACAAAAAAGGGUGUCCUUCAAAAGAGGUGAUUAUGCAAGGCUCAACUACUUUCCCAAGUGAAAUUCAAGGUGACAGUGGUAACACUGGUGUGAUGGAUCAGACCCCUCCUGAUGUGCAACCUGGGAGUUCCAACCCACCAAAAAGAACAUGUGGAAACUGCUCCCAACCUGGGCACACUAAGAACAGGUGUCCUAACAAGAAUAUCUUAAUUCAGGAAAGUAACACUGCAUCUAUGACUACACAAGAAGAAAAUGGAGGUCCAAGUAGGUUGCAAGCAUACUUGUGUGACACGCAGGGUACAAUUGAAACAACCACUAAUGGUGUAUUUGAGUUCAGGGGGCAAAGAUCAAUAAGUGCUCAAGGUUUGGAGAGACUUAGAGCAAGGAAGGCUAAGGAGAGGAAUGUGAAUGCUCAAAGUUUAAGGAAAAGGCAUGCUGAGGAUGUGGAACCUACUGGGACUUCAACAACUGCACGCCAAAGGUUUAAUGAGCUGUAUGAUUCCAUGGAAGGCAAUGCUGGGCAGUAGACUCUGAAGUUAUGGGUGUAACCAUGUAGUAGUUGAUGCAACAAUAUUUAAUUACUAGCUAGGAAGAUCCUACUACAAGUUUUUCAUAUAUCUUGGUGGUGUUUUGGAUCAUAUGCUUUUUUGAGAUGUAUUAAGGGUACAUGCUUCAAAGUAGUUUAUGGUAUUGCUAAUGUACCUUAAGUAGUGACUUUAGAGCUAGCUACUGUAUUUUGGUAUCUUGUUUGUGUGGUCUGUGUGCCACUUAUGGUUGCAGGAAAAGCUCUUAUCUGGUUGUUGUAAACUACUUCAGGA